AGCCGGGGACAGCAGGUUAAUUCAGAGCGCGUCUGAGCGGCUCUUGCCACCGGAGGGGUCGGUCCCGUCAUUGCCUCCUCGUCAAACUGAGCCUCCCCCGGGCUCGGUCUCCCCUUCUACCUGCCAGAGGGGCUUCCCAUUGUGGAAGCUGCAGCUUUGUCUCCUUUUGCCGUGAGCCCCGGGGAGCUUUCUUACGGCGAGGGAGCUGCUUCUCAGGCUAGGCACGACCACCACUAGAGCAGCGGUAGUGAAACGGCAGGAAGCGGGCCCGGUGUCGGACCGCAGAGUCUCCAACCUUGCCAGGCUCCCCCGGUAGGGCCCGGCCCACCUCUCUGCGGGGCGAACGACCACCCGCUGCGGAGGUUUUUCCCGACCGGGCGCCCGGAGAGAGAGCGGUGAUGCUGCAGAUGCUCGGGCGUUUUCUGUCCGGCUUCUUCUCCGGGGCCGAGUGCCAAGGCCCCACUGGGGGGGAGGAUCGGGAAGCCCGCGGCCCCCAAGAUCCCACUGUACCGGGAGGCCAGACGCCAAGCCCCUCGGGGAAGCAGGACAGAGGGAUUGAGUCCGCCGAAAAGAGACCGACCAUCUUAUUGGUGGUGGGACCCGCAGAGCAGUUUCCGAAGAAAAUUGUGAAAGCUGGAGACAAGGACUUGGAUGGCCAGUUGGACUUUGAGGAGUUUGUUCACUAUCUCCAAGAUCAUGAGAAGAAACUAAGACUGGUGUUUAAGAGUUUGGACAAGAAGAAUGAUGGGUGCAUCGAUGCUCAGGAAAUCAUGCAGUCCCUGCGGGAUCUGGGGGUCAAGAUCUCUGAACAACAGGCAGAGAAAAUCCUUAAGAGAAUACGGACGGGCCAUUUCUGGGGCCCUGUCACCUACAUGGACAAAAAUGGAACUAUGACGAUUGACUGGAAUGAGUGGAGGGACUACCACCUCCUGCACCCCGUUGAAAACGUUCCCGAGAUCAUCUUGUACUGGAAGCACUCUACGAUCUUUGAUGUCGGUGAGAACUUGACAGUUCCAGAUGAGUUCACGGUGGAAGAGAGGCAGACGGGGAUGUGGUGGAGACAUCUCGUGGCCGGGGGAGCGGCCGGUGCUGUGUCCAGAACCUGCACGGCCCCGCUGGACAGGCUGAAGGUGCUCAUGCAGGUCCACGCCUCCCGCAGCAACAACAUGUGCAUCGUUGGCGGCUUCACCCAGAUGAUCCGCGAAGGAGGGGCCAGAUCUCUGUGGCGCGGCAAUGGCAUCAAUGUCCUGAAGAUCGCCCCUGAGUCCGCCAUCAAGUUCAUGGCCUACGAGCAGAUCAAACGGCUCGUUGGGACUGACCAGGAAACCCUGAGGAUUCAUGAGAGGCUGGUUGCGGGUUCUCUGGCAGGUGCUAUCGCCCAGAGCAGUAUCUAUCCGAUGGAGGUUCUAAAGACCCGAAUGGCCCUGCGGAAAACCGGGCAGUAUUCCGGCAUGCUGGACUGCGCCAAGAAGAUCAUGUCUAAAGAGGGGAUGGCGGCUUUCUACAAAGGCUACAUCCCCAACAUGCUUGGGAUCAUUCCGUACGCUGGCAUCGACCUGGCUGUGUAUGAGACCCUAAAGAACGCCUGGUUGCAGCGUUACGCGGUGAACAGCGCAGACCCCGGUGUGUUCGUCCUCUUAGCCUGUGGGACCAUGUCCAGCACAUGUGGCCAGUUGGCCAGUUACCCCCUGGCCCUUGUGAGGACCCGCAUGCAGGCCCAGGCUUCGAUCGAGGGAGCCCCGGAGGUGACCAUGAGCAGUCUCUUCAGACAGAUCCUGAGGACAGAAGGGGCAUUCGGCCUGUACCGAGGCUUGGCCCCAAACUUCAUGAAGGUGAUCCCGGCCGUGAGCAUCAGCUACGUGGUGUACGAGAACCUGAAGAUCACUCUGGGGGUGCAGUCUCGGUGACGGGGCGGUCACAUCCCCGGGCAUUUCGGACUCCCAUCUUGGGCCGCGGACCCAGGAUGUAUAGCCAUCUCAUUCUGUGAAUGUGUCGACACUAAGCUGACUCAAGCCAAGCUGUGAAAACCCCAGGAGGUGUGGGCGAGGGUGGCGGGGAGGAGCUGGAGCCUUGGGCCGGCCGGUAGGUCCUGCUGACCUGGCCCGUGACCUAGUGUGGACCUUCCAGGGGGGAAGCCCCUUCCCCACGGGGUCCGUGGCAGUGGGAACAACGGCCUCCGGCUCUCUGAAAGGGAGGAGGGGGUUGUUCCCAGUGGUGUCUGUUGAAGGAGGGGCUUGGGAGCUGGCUUAUUUCCACCGUCUCACAUCUAGCCGCCACCAAGCUAUCCGUCCCAAAGGGCUAGUAGCCUCUUAACUAGUUAAGAGUUUCCCCUGUUAAAUCUUCGCUCUCUUCCCACCCGCCGUGGGAAGGGGUCGCCGCUUCCCAGGCCACGUCUCUCGUGUUUACCGAGGUUCCCGGUGUCAGGAGUGCUUCUGGUUGAACCUCCCAAAUGGCAUUUUCUGAGUCUGUUGUAGUUUCAAAGCCGUCCUGGUUCCCGCCGGGAUUGGGGGGUGGAGUGGUAGUGGGAGACAAGCUCUCGAAGGCGGGCCCGAGAGACGUGCGGCCAGCGGCAGACGGUUACCUCGCAUGUAGUUGGCAUGCAUGGCUUUCAGGGUCCAGCUAGAGAAACGUGUCCACCGCCGUGCAGCUCAGCAUCCCGACGCAUGGCUUCCUUCCUCUGACGGUACCAUGACGGGGGCCUCGUCCCCCAGCUCCGCUUAGCAGCGGCCAGGGCUCCCCGCUCAGCCAAAUCCACAGCCUAGACGGCCUCCUCUCUUCCCCCAGAUAGAAUCUGCAGCUGGUGGGAAGGGAAGGGCAAUGAGGCUCAGAGGCCUUGGGUUGCAGGGGGGCCCCAGCCAUGGUCUGGCUGGAGCCCGGGGCACAUUCUUGCUUUGCUUCCAGAGGACGUCUGACACAGUAGAAAGGGGAAAGGGGGCGGAUAUACAAUGAUGAUUUCCUCCGACUGCAUUAAGGUCUGCUUUAAGGAUCAGGUUUCCGGUGCCCCAGGGAUCUUGGGCCAGUUCCCUGUGGGGGCCAUGAGGGACCGGCCUCACAUUCCACUGACGCAACACAUUGUACUGCUCGAAGCGUAUUUAUUUUGUAUUUAUUUGAAAACUAUUUUUAUAGAUUUUUGUCUAAUUAUUAGCCUGUCCUCUUAGUUUUCCUUUUUUAUUCAUAUUUAUGUUCCUAGUCCGUUGCACCUUUUUUUUUCCCCCCUUGCAUCCCCAUGCAGCAAGGGGCCGAGGGAGGGGCGAGUUAGGCCCCUCCCCAAUGCCUGUGCUGCCUGCCUUAGAUCUGGGAGGUCUCAGCCAAGAGGACAGGGGAAGAGGAGGAGGAGAGGGCUUGGGGCAGGAGAGACCCGAUCAAGAAGGAGAUGCCUGCUUCCCUGUUGGGUGGGGAGUGGCUCAGCUCCUCCUCCUCCUCUGCCAGGGAUCCGGCCAUGCCCGUGAUUCAAGGCCCGGUGGGCAGGGCGGCCAGUGGUGGUCGGGGGUUGGGAGCCAUCCCAGCAUUGAUUGUCAGAAGGGGAGAAAUCUCAGGGAUUUUUCCAGGUAAAAAUCCAAAUUGUUUCUGCAAAGGAAGCUCUUCUCCUUUCUGAAUCAACCCCCCAGCUCUACUGGGCAUGUGUGUGUGCCCACUUGACCUAGACCUCUGCCUGGUAGAAGGGGUGGUUGGGCAGAUGAGGAGGGAGACUCUCCCUGCAGACUCCUCACCUGCCCCCACUCCCCUCCCCGGGUGGAUCACUUGCACCGUUUCAGUCCUCAGGAGGCUGGUUGUGCUCCUGGAGCUGUGUUUCAAUCGCAAUUAUUGAGCGUUUACUGUGGGGCAAAACACUGUAUUAAGCACUUGGAUCACAGUGCCCCCUCCUCCAGUCCCCCUACCUCCCCCUCAGGCUGCUGGAGCUGCAACUGUGGUCCCCCAUAACCCUCACCCCCCCGAAUAGCUGUUUAUGGUGCAGAACAGGAUUUGCCUUUCCAUCUCACCGGUUUGGCCUACCAGGAAGCACAGGACGCAAAGAUCAAUGCAAAAAUCACAGUCUAGCUAGUUACAACUGGAAUUUGACAAAAUCCUAAUUAUUGAAAAUGGAAGUCUUCGCUUAGAACAGCUUUCUAAUAAAGUUCUUUAAAAGCUA